UAGGGCUCUUGUUUGGAGGUAUUGGAUGAGAUCGAUCAGGCGUGGGCGUUAUGCAAGAGAUGGCAUUGUUUACAGCACCAGUGGUUUUUUCCGUCCUAGGAUGGCCCUUGAUUUACAGCAUUGCGGAAUGUCGCCAAGGUCGCAAUGCGCGGGUUAACCUCCCUCGCUGGUGGAUCUCAUCCUCCUUCUUCUUCCUCACGCCACUGAUUUUUGGAAUAGCGUUCCAAUUCGUUGGAAACGUGGUUUUCCGGAUUCCAACGAGCAACGCCCGGCAUUCAUCGCAGUGUAAAAUACUAUCCAAAAGCGUGGAUGUUCGUGUUGCGAAAACCUGUCUCUCAGGUGACUUAUCUCCAGUUUCGAUCAGACUGUUUGGUAUGCCCGACCCUUCGAAAUUCCGCUGCUCUUUGGAUUACUAUUGGGUAGCAGGCCUUGAGGUGGAGUUUAGUAUCUUGAAUUCGUCCAUUCGAUCUUUAUUCGAAGAGCCCAAAGAGGUUCUUCCAAGUCAUUGCAGACCCGUUUUUGCCGAGGUUUGGAGAAUAGCGGAAAGUUUCGAGGCAAACCGCAGCUACCGUUGUAUCCAUACUGAUAAGACCAUUUAUUCUAUAGAUGGUAUAGGACUUCCAUCUCAAGAUCGCUGUAAGCCAGAAUCACCAUCCACAUUCAAGCUUCUUCGGGACUACAUCGUACUGAUAGCAAGUUCCUACAACCUUAAGCAGCCAGCUUCGGCUGGCUAUCUGUUCUGGAAAGGAGUUUACGCGCUGUUAGUCGGACUUGCCUACUGCGUAAUUCUUACAGGCGUUACGAAGCUCUCAUCCUGGUUCCAGUUUAAAGUGGUCGAUCCAGGCCAUCGCAACUUUAUCGACGUCUUAGUUUUUGAAGUGAGAUUGCAAUUAUUGUUCCUUAUUGUCUCCAUCUCAACAGCUGUGGUUUUGUCGACGAUACGACUUGAGCAACUGCGCAUUGGAUUCCAUUUACUUACUGGGAUUGAUUUCAGAUCGAAGACUUUGGGACAGUGGUUGGAAACUAUAUUCAUCUAAAGCAGCCAGUUAUUGGAUAGACAAUUCCAAGGCCAUGGUUUGUAUUCUAAGUUUUUAACAUAUGCUCAUCGAGGACGGCCGAAAGGGCUCGCGUUUUGUCAAGCUACGAGUCCUGCAGAAAGUUCUCCGUGUCAGAAGUUCUUGGCUAUGGUAUUCUUGUCAAUAGUUCAUGAAGCUUAUGAUUGAGACGUUCACCUUCUUCAAUAGAGCCUUUGGAGCUCAGGGGGCUGGCGAUAUGCUCCUUCUCCGCCAGAACUUGAGUCUUCGUCGUGGUACUUACCAUCUCCGUUUCAUGCUCAAU